UUUUUCUUUCUUGUGAUCUGAUACCCGCUAUCUUUUAUUGGAUAAUGGAGGAAACAACGCGUGCUCGACUUCAAAUAAUCCCUGUUCUCCUCUAUAACUUUAUGGCAGCUGGUCAAUAUGGCAUCUUCAUAUUUCGCGACGAUCAAAUCAGGCAAUGCUUGAAGCACGUUGAAGACGAUUGGAGAAACAUUAUUAAUGCUGAUGCGCGCAGCAUGAUGCUCACCUCCGCCAGGACCGGAAGACGACUAGUCGCGUUUUGCAGUGUUCUCAUGUACGGUGGUGCUCUCACCUUUCGAACGAUUCUGCCGUUAUCCCAGGGAACGUUCGUCACCGAGGAAAAUAUCACAAUCAGGCUUUUGGCAUGUCCGGGUUAUUAUUUUUCGAUCGACGUGCAAGUCAGCCCCACUUACGAAAUACUGUUCGUGAUCCAGUGUCUAUCUGGCUUAAUUUCGGCCUCGAUCGCGACGGGCACAUGUGGUUUUACGGCUAUCUUUGUGGUCCAUGCUUGCGGUCAGUUAAAAAUAUUAAUAAAUUUAAUGAAGAAACUCGUCGACAAACAGUGGCGAGCGGGAUACGAAGUGGAUGACAAAUUAGCUGAAUUAGUUGAGCAUCAAAUAAGAGUACACAAUUUUUUGCGUUUGGUGCAGCAUACUUUGCAUCAUGUAUGUUUAAUGGAAAUAAUGGCAAAUACGAUAACUAUAUGUGUUCUGGUGUAUCUCAUGUUAAUGGAAUGGCAAAGUAAUAAUACAGCAGGUGUAUGUACUUAUUUAUUAUGUCUUACGAACGUGACGAUUCACAUUUUUGUAUUUUGUUACACCGGUGAACAGCUCACUGUACAGGCGGAGCAAGUAGCUACUACAUCUUGCGAACUUGAAUGGUAUCGUCUUCCGAGCAGAAAAGCACGUAGUGUCGUAUUGCUGAUGAUCAUGUCUAAUACGCCGACCAAGAUCUCCGCUGGGAAACUCAUAGAUUUGUCACUUAAAACAUUCGGCCAAAUAAUGAAAACAGCUGGUGCAUAUUUUAAUAUGCUACGAAGUAUAACCGAAUAA